AUGGCGGCCCCGACCAAGAGCACUCUCGUCACAUACAGCCGUCGUGGCCCGCGCACGGUGGCCUACUUUAAUCAGUCCGCCCCGACUGGCAAUGCGUCGCUCUGGACCCCACGACGUGCGGGCAUCUCGGCCGGCGAUGCAUCCCGGUCGCCGGCCUCCAGCUUCGGCGCCGGGGCCUUUCGCGGCGCCGCGGCCCUGACCGGUGUGGACCUGCACCGGAGCGCUUCGGCCGACUCGCUGGACUCCCUGAUGACCAGUCGCAGCAACCGCAGCACCGACUCCCCCAGCAGCAGCAGCUACGAGGACUCGGACUCGGACAUCUCCUCGGACAGUGGCCUGUCAGAUGGCGAGUCGGACGGCGAGUCGGACAGCGGCUCCGACUCCGAUGAGGUCAUGGACCUGGCGGGGCCGUCGACCCCACCGCCGGCGGUGGCCUCACGCGCCCAUCAGCAGUCCUUCCUGCCAUCGCAGCCGGGCUCCCGGGCCACGGCGGCCGGGUCUCCGGAUGACGCGCAUCUGCAGCAGCUCCUGCUGGCCGGCCUGCUGCCGGCAUCAUUGAGCCCCGGGCAACUGGCCGAUCGCCGGCGCAUUGUCCUCGCCUCAUCGCCCAUGGUCCGGCGCCUGAGCAGCUCGGUGGCCCUGGCCGGUGCGGCGUCCUCCCCGCUGAUGGCUCCCCACUCGCCCGGAGCAGCCAUGUCUCCGCGUGGGGUGCGCGUGGACUUGGCCACCGGCGGCGGCUUGGCCCUCACCUCGCCGACACUGAAUGCCCCCUCCCUGUCGGCGCCCCUGUCGCCGGCGGCGGCCCUGCGCAAUCCGCAUCUGGCCGUGUCGGCCGGGCGCAUCGUCGAAAUCCAUCCUCAACCCACCUCCGGCAGCAUGAAGACCGCCUUCGGCACGCCGAGUGCUUCGCGCCGGCGGCCGGCUCCCGCCGGACCGGCUGUCGGUGGCCCACGUCGUGCCUCGGCCUUGCCGCUGUCCUCCCUGCUGGAGGUAUCCCACUCGUCUCCGGUGUCGCUGCUUCUGGCCACCGGGCCGGACCAUGGCCAGGGCACCCUCCUUUCCGAUGGGGGGGAGGACCACCCGGAGGCCGCCGGCCCCGAGGACCGGAUCCCGGCCAGCAGCUUCGGAAUCAAUCUUGCCAGCCAGCCGGCCAGUGCCAGUGCCUCGAGUGACUCGCUGGGCCCGGGUCCGGGCCCGGGCCCGGGCCCGGGCUUGUCAGCCCUGCGUCCGCGUGGCAGCGUCGUCUUGCCGAAUGCCCCGGUUGGCGGCGGGUCGGAAACCCUCACCCGGUCAUCCUCCUUCUCGGCGUUGAGUCACUUUGCUCGGGCCGUGGCCCCGGCCGGGGUGGCCCAGCCGGCGCCCCUGCGCCCGACCUCCCCCGCCACCCGGCGUCCUGGUGACCCGGAGUCCGAGGAUGAAUUCAGCUUCGAGGAGGCCCUCAAUGCCAUUGUCCUCAAGCAGCAGCAGCAGGAGCGCGAAACGCGCGAGCGCCGGCAAGCGGCCAAGCCCCAGCGCCGGCCCAGUCGCCUGCGUGGCAGUCGCCGGGGCAAGGGCUCCGCCACGCCGGCGGCCCCCUCGGCCGAGGGUGCCGCCCUGCGCAGUGACACCGGCCUGGUCUUCGACUUCCGGCCGGAGCCCGUCAUGUCCCUGGAGGAGGCCCUCGGCAUGGGGCCGGUUGAUGACUCUUCCGAUGACGAGCUUGUCUCGACCGCCAGCUCAAGCCACAGUGCCAGCUCCGCGGGCUACUUUUCGCGGAUCUGGCGCAUGGCCACCGGCUCCAGCCACGGCCAUGGCAAGCAGCGUGGCAGUGGCGGUGACGCUGGUCGUGGCCCGCAUGCGACUGGCUCUCAUCGGUCCUCCUCCGGGUCCGGGUCGACUCCGGGCCUGGCUCCGAUUUCGGACCCCACCCUGGCGGCCCCCCCGGCGUUGGCCCCGAUCUCGACAUUGCCCUUGGCGGCCGGUCCCGUCUUGGAGAUCCUCCCCCAAGCAGGCCACCAAGACCCCUCCUCGGUCCCGGGCUCGACCGACAUGCACAGUCUGUCCCACCACACCGACGAGUCGUCCUUCGAUCAGACGGACCCGCUCCUGUCGACGCAGGACUCGAUCAUGGAAAUCCCCCUGAAGCUGGGCGCCGGGGAUGGGGACCACAUGUCGCCGGAAGCGGCCGCCGAGGCCGAGAUCCAGGCGCGCGAGCUCCUGUCCCUGCGCGAGGCCCUUCGUAUUGCGGUGGAAAACCCCUCGCAGGAGCACUCGGAUAUCCAGCUUCUGACCAUCGGCGAUGCGUUGUCGAUUGUGGUUGACCAGCAGCAGCGCCAGUAUUUGGCACAGAAUGAGGAUCGGCGGCAGCAGCGCCGCCGCGAGCGCGAGCUACUGGCCGCCCAUCGGCUGGGCGCCGAGUCGCCUGGCGGGCCGGCGACCGCUUCCGACGACGCUCCCUCGGCCCCGGGGUCGGAGCAGCUUCACCCCAUCGACUUGACGGCCACCGAUGCCUCUGCCACUUCCAGCCAGGAGGAGUUCGACCCCCUGGCCACUGGCGACUCGUUGACCGAGGCCAUUGUCACCGGGGCCGGUGUCGACCGGACCGUGUGGACUCUGUACUCGGCCCUGCGGCUGUUUGCCUGGCGCCGAGGCCGGCGGCUGCUGGCCGAGGAGUUGGAGGACUCGAUCCAGGCGUCGCGCUCGGCCGACUUUGCCGAAGCCCUGUCCCUCUCGGCGGAGCACCUGCCGCGGGAUCACAGCCGCGAGCUCCUGUCCCUGCAGGAGAUUCUCUUUGCCGGGCGCCUGUCGCCGGUUCCCUCGGGGACCGACCUGCCGGCUGCCGGGGAAGGGGCCGGCUUCCAUCUCGAGGGGCCCGUGGAUGAUGUCCGCAUUCGUCGGGCAUCAUCCGGUGUGCUGUUGAGCUUCGAGGAGGCAUUGAAGCUCAGUGUGGAGGAGCUUCGUCGGUCGGCGGUCCCCUCGCUCACCGGGUCCCCGAGCAAUGGGGCUCGCGUGGGUGGCGGCUCGGUUGGGAGUGUGGCCGCCGCGCGCAGCCCCUCCGGCGAGUGGGCCCCCAUCGCUCCUCGGCCCUUGGAGCUGGCCCCCUCCGGGUCUGGGACUCUCCGAAGCACCGACAGCAGCCAGUUGAUUUCCCUGUCGGAGGCCCUGCUGUUGGCCGCCAGUCCGGGCCCCUCGCGCCGGCAGUCCAUGAUUUUGCCCGGCCAGCUGGACAUCCUGGCACCUUUGAAUUUCGACACGGUCCCGGCCGGCCCCGGUGCCCGCCCCGAGUCGGCUGUCGGCCCGUGGGCCAAUGGCCCGCCGCCGGGCAAGGGCCCGAAUCGUGCUGGGCCACACCCGCUGGCGCAGCAGGAUGAUGCGUCAUCCGACCUGCUGGGCAGCACCGGCGGCAGCUCGCUCAUGGACACCGAUUCGUCGGACUACCUCAUGUCGACGGCCCUCUCCUCGCAGUCGGCCAUGGACCGGUAUCUGGAAGACAGCAUGGCCACGUACCACCACUCGGUGGAGCCGGGCUCCUAUGCCCACGAUCAUCACCUUCAUCAUCAGCCUGGUGGCCACCACCCGGGUGAUGAUGGCCACCAUCCCGAGGGGUUGAUGCUGGCGCCGGCCCCGGGUGCUGGGACUCCGGGCACCAGCCAGUCGCCACUUCUGUCGCUGGCGGAUGCCCUGAUGCUGGAUUGCCCAUCGCCGAUGGAUGUCGAGCCGCCGAUGCUGGCGGCGCCGGUCGACAAGAAGCGCGCCGAUGGCGGAGCCGCGGCCAGCAAGCGGUCGCGCUUCCGCUUCCCCUGGUCCAGCCACAAGCCGGCGACCACCACCGAGGCCAAGGCCUCGGGCGCCUCGGCACCGGCCAUGGUUUCACAGUCCUCCUUCCCGCUCUUGGGUCCGGAGCCAGGGGCCGCUUCCUAUUCGGAGGCGCUGCCCAGCAUGGCCACCGAGCGGCAGCAGCAGCAGCAGCAGCAGCAGCAGCAGCAGCAGCAGCAGCAGCAGGUCCUGCCACAGGGCAGCAAGGAGCCCGGCCCCGCGUCCGCGGUCACCGGCAACAGCCGCAUGCGCCAGCUGCUGGAGAAGCGCAAUGCCGAGGCACAGCUGGCUGCCGAGCGGGCCUCCGCCGCCUCCGAGGCCGAGUCCCGGCGGAACCUCACCGCCGUGACCCAGGCCCAUCGCCAGGGGUUCCUGGUGGACAGCAGUGUGGACAAUCUGCACCAGUUGGUCCAGGCGGCGCCGGCGGCGCCGGCUCCGGAUCUGGCGCCGGCGGCGUCGGCGGCCGCACCAGCGGCGGCCGCGGUGCCGAUCAUGUCGCCGACCUUCAUCCGGUCGGCCUCGGUUCCCACGGAUUUGGCCAACCUGGAUCUGGGGCACAUUGUGAAGAGCGAGUACUCGGCCGAGGUUCGGCGCCAGCAAAGCCAGUUGGCAUCGAUGCUGGCCGCCGACGACGAGCAUUCCACCUCGGCUCUGGCCCCGGCCCUGGCCCUCGGGAGUGGGAAGCAGCAGCAGCAGCAGCAGCAGCAGCAGCAGCAGCAGCAGCAGCUUUCGCCCGCUUUGCCGCCGAUCCUGAAUCCGGUGGUCGCGUCCCCGGCUCCGGCGAGCUUUAUGCGCUCUCCGCGCCCGGCAUUCUUCCCGGACCCGUCGACCCAGCAGGAGGGCCCGGCAGCGACGGCGGACCUGCGGUCGCUGUCGGAACUGCUGGCCCUUUGCGCCCAGUCGCGGCCGGUGUCCUUCAGUUCGGUGAUUGGUGCAAAUGCCCUUGGCCGGUGUACCAAGAUCGGCGAGAGCACCUUUGCUGAGGUCUUCUCGCUGGCGUGCGAUGUCCCGUGUGCUGGCCCGAAGGGCAGUGCCUGUACCGGGAGCGGUGUGGCCCCGCGGCCUCCCCCAGCCGGGGUUGUCCUGAAGAUCGUGCCCUUCAACGUCGGCUCCUUGUCCGGCACGGAGGGCGAGGGGCUCUCGGCCAAUGAGGUGUACCAGGAAAUCCGCAUCACCCAGCAGCUUUCCGGCCUGGGCACCUUGCGCCAGGGUGGCAGUCCCACCGGAGGGGCUGCUGGCCGGGCGGCGCACUUCGCUUGUACCGAUUGCCUGCCGGCCGGACAUCCGGAUGCCGGGGCCUUUGUGGCGGAUGCCGCUCUCCAGGGCCCGGUGUCGCCCGGGUCCGGUCGGGAGCGCCGGAUUUACACCUCUUCCUUCGUGCGUCUCCUCGGGGCCGGCAUCUGCCAUGGUCCCUUCCCGACGGAGCUCCUGACCGCGUGGAAUGCCUUCCGGACGGCUGAGCCGGCGCGCGCCGUCAAUCCCUCGCCCGCCGGUCUGCCCGCAUCGCAACUCUUCGCGGUGAUUGUGCUCGAACACGGCGGGACCGAUCUCGAGCACUGCAUUCUCCCCUCGCGCGUGGCUGCUCGGUCGAUCCUCUUCCAAAUCUGCCUGUCCCUGGCUUCGGUGGAGGCCUCGCAUCAGUUUGAGCAUCGUGACCUCCACUGGGGCAAUGUCCUGGUGACGGCAUCGACGCCGGCCGGGCGCCGGCCCUCACUGCCGAUCCUCAGCAGUGACGUCGACUCGGCUCCCUUCAUGUUGGAUGGCAACCUGGUGUCCAUCGAGAACCAUGGCGUCCGGGCGACCAUCAUCGAUUACACCCUGUCGCGCAUGUUCCACAAGGAUGAGCUCCUCUUCGUGCAGCUCGAUGAUGAGUCCUACUUCGAGGGUCGUGGCGACUAUCAAUUCGAUGUAUACCGCAAAAUGCGCCAGCUGACAGACAACGAGUGGGCAGCCCAUGUGCCGGCCACCAAUGUCUACUGGGUCUACUACCUGGCCGAUAAGCUGCUGAACAGCGUGAAGUACGCUCCUCGGCGUGGGGACCCCGAGCGUCGACGCCAAGAUGCGGGUGAGCGCUCGGCCCUGGCCAGCUUCCUGAAGCGCGUCCGGUCCUACGAGUCAGUCGGCCAGUUGGUCCGGGACCACUACUUCGCGGACCUUGUCACGGAUGUGGCCAUGCUCAACCGCAUGCUUGUUCGCUUCGACUAGGGGAGAACCUCCUCGGUGAGUGUCCCCCCCCCCCCCAUCAAUCCCCUCCGGCCGUCCCCGCUGUGUGGGUGACUUGCUUUUUCCAUCCCCAUCCCCUGCCCUCCCCCUCUUUCCUUGUCUGGCCUCUUUUUUUGUGUCUGGCAGAAUGCGCGGCAUCUCCACGGUGCGCCUUCUCUGCCGAGCUGAGAGCUCUCCAAAAGAGCAUUUCCCUUUUCGCCUUCCUACAUGUGGGCCCAUCCCGCGAUCGCAAUAGACUCUUCCUCCCUCCA